AUGGUGACUGCACCAACGAACAUAACCGAUGACACAGGCACUGUCGUGUGCUUCGUCUCGACGAUGACCUGCACCAACGGCAUCUGGCAAGGGCUGAAUCCGCUUUCCUUCUCCCUCCCUCUCCUCAUCCUCCAAAAUAUCGUCAUUGUGUUGGUCACCCGCGUCGUCGCCCUCCUCCUGAAGCCUUUCCACCAGCCUCGACUCCUCGCUGAGAUCAUCGGCGGCAUCGUUCUUGGCCCGUCGGUGGCGGGCCAGAUGGCGGUCUUCCGCGACGUCGUCUUUCCACCGAGGAGUAUCCUGACGUUGCAGGGUUUCGGUCACCUCGGCCUUCUCUACUUCCUUUUCCUCGUCGGCGUGGAGAUGGACAUUGCUGUCAUCGGCCGAACAGGGCACAAGGCGCUUGUGGUUGCAGCAGCCAGCAUGGUCAUCCCUUUCUCCAUCGGCACCGCCUCCUCCUUCCUGCUCCGAAACUUCAUCAGCAAGAACAUCCACGAGGGAGCGUUUGUCCUCUUCCUGGGAGUCGCUCUCUCCGUGACCGCCUUCCCCCUGCUCGCUCGCAUCCUUGCAGAGACCAAGCUCCUCAACUCGGAGAUCGGAAGAAUCUCCAUGUCGGCCGCGAUCAUCAACGACCUCUGCGCAUGGAUCCUGUUGGCCAUCUCCGUCGCGCUUACAGGGCCCAGUGGGACCGCACUGACACCCCUCUGGGUUCUACUCUCCGGCGUGGGCUUCGUCCUUCUCUGUCUCUUCUGCAUUCGCCCGACCAUGUGGUGGUUCAUGCAAAAGCUACCCGAAGGCCAAGCAGUGAGCGACUUCCAUGUGUGCCUCUUACUUGGCACGAUGAUGUUAGCAGCUGUGAUGUCCGACGUCAUUGGAUUCCACUCUGCGUUCGGGGCGUUCGUCUUCGGCCUCGUGCUACCGAACGGUCCGGUCGGGGUGGCGUUGAUCGCGAGGCUGGAGGAUAUCGUCAGCGGUUUGCUGCUACCUCUCUACUUCGUAUCCAAUGGGCUGAGCACGGACUUGUCCAAGGUUAGGGAUGGGAGGACCGUGGCGCUCCUCGUCCUAGUGUUCGUGCUAGCGAGCAUCGGCAAAAUUGCCGGCACCGUCGUGAUUUCUCUCUUCUACACCAUGCCAUUGCGUGAAGGUCUUUCCCUUGGUUUUCUGAUGAACACGAGGGGGCUGGUGGAGAUCAUCGUCCUCAACAUCGGAAGGGAUAUGGAGGUUCUUGAUGAUGAAUCCUUCGCCGUGAUGGUCAUGACCUCGUUGGUCAUGACUCUAAUGGUGACGCCGCUGGUGACGUAUCUGCAUCGGCCCUUACGUCGCCUCGUCGGCUACAAGCGCCGUAACCUGCAACGCUCCAAGCCCGACACGGAGCUUCGGGUGCUGGCCUGCGUCCACAACACCCGCAACGUGCCCUCCAUCGUCAGCGUCCUCAACAUCUCCAACCCCAGCAAGCGCUCCCCGAUCUUUGUCUACGCCCUCCACCUUGUGGAGCUCACGGGCCGUGCCUCCGCCAUGCUCAUCGUCCACCACACCAAGACCUCCAAGGUCAACAACAACCGCAAGCCCGUCGCUUCGCUCAUCGGCAGGCAAGUGCAGUCCGAGCACAUCUUCCACGCUUUCGAUAACUACGAGCAGCGCGUGGGUGGCGUCUCGGUGCAGACGCUGACCGUCGUCUCGCCCUACACGACCAUGCAUGAGGACAUCUGUAGCCUCGCGGAAGACAAGCACGUCACCCUCAUUAUCCUUCCGUUCCACAAGCAGCAGACGGUGGACGGGGGCAUGGAGCCGAUCAAUUCAUCCAUCAAGGUGCUCAACGCGAACGUGCUCAACGCGUCACCCUGCUCCGUCGGCAUCCUCAUCGACCGUGGGCUAAGCAGCAAAGCCCGGAUGGCUCACGGCCAGCAGUACUCGCAUCGCAUAGCGUUGCUCUUCUUCGGAGGACCCGAUGACCGGGAGGCGCUGGCAUACGCGUGGCGCAUGGCCGAGAACCCAUCGAUCAACCUCACCGUCGUUCGAUUCAUCGCCGGUGAUCAAGCUGACGUACCACAAUCCCCGGCCACCACGCCGCCGCCACCGACUGCACAAGACUCCAGGACCAUUUCCAUCGUCACCGAUAGCACCCAGGAGAAGCAGCUCGACGAGGAGUACCUAAACGAAUUCCUACUCGGGAACAUCGGCAACGAGUCGCUGCUGUACACGGAGAAGGUGGUGAACAGCACGGAGGAGACGGUGGCGGCCAUUCAAUCGAUGGAGAGCGUGCACGAUCUGUACGUGGUGGGAAGAAGUCAGCGAGACGCCGCACUGACGCUAACAGCAGGGUUGACGGAGUGGGCAGAGUGCCCGGAGUUGGGGCCGAUAGGGGACUUGUUGGCCUCGUCGGACUUCGCGACGACGAUAUCGGUGCUGGUGGUGCAUCAGUACACAGGAGGGCCGCUCGGCAGAACUGGAUCAACGACGACGGAGGGCUCAACGAGGCCAAUGCAACGACGCAACGGUAACGAGAGCCAAAGGUUGUCGACGGCGUCCAGGGCGUGGCAAGCGAUGCCACCUGAGCUCAGCGUCAGGCGGAACGGUAGAUGA